AUGGGAGGACCAAAGAUGCGCCUUUCGCCGUCCCUGCCGGACCUUACUUCCCUUGAUUCCACGUCGGAGGACGUCAACCGCGUUGCACCGGACUGCACCACUCAGCCGCUCACUUCACCUUGGACCAGAGGCGUUCUUUCUCCCACGAGCCCCGUCAUCCUCCCACCGUUUUCUCCUUCCGCCACAACACCUUCGCAAUCCAGCCCAAGCCCAAAAUUCUCUGAGUCUUCCGUUUUGGAUUCGAGUUCUGGAGCGCGCCGAGCGAAAGCCGCUGGAAGCAAGGUGUGCAUGAACAACGGAGGCAUCGGCAAAGAGAAGCCGGGGAAACCCGCAUUUCUGGACAGCGGGCCGCCGUUGCUGAAGCGCACGGGGCACGCGCGGCGAUACUCCCUGGGCGGCGGCGGCGACUACCCGCGCAGCAUCAGCGCAAACGGCGUGGAGCUCAGCCGGGCCGACUCGCUCACCUCUCACCGCCGACCCGCGUUCCCCGCUGCUCAAAGCCUGUCAACCACCGCUGGAUCAGCAACACAGGUUCCUGAGAGAGAGGAAGAGAGCGGUCCUAUGAGGGGUACGGUUGCGACAAGCGACAGGAGAAGCAAAGGGAAGAGCGGCUUGGCGCGCUUGGAUGAUGAGGGGAGCGAGGCGUACGACUCGGACGAGGAGUUCGUGAAGCUGUACGGGCUGGUCGCCCAGCACCGCGCAGCAGAGCGAGCCAUCGUCUCCAACGCCUUCGCCAAAGUGCUCUCCAAACCCGCCAGCGGCGGUUGUAGCCCUAGGAUGGGGACUGGCAGCGGUUGUAGCCCGAGGAUGGGGAGUGGCAGCGGUUGUAGCUCUACUGGCAGCGGCUGUAGCAGCAUUGUCAGCCCCAAGUUCACAUCUCAGAGCGGCAGUGGCAGCAGUAUCCGAUGGGCUGGUGGCGAUAUCAUGUCCACUACCAACGACAAGACAUGUGCUGUGGUAGCUGCUGAUGAGCAUGAGGGCCGCCUUAAUGCGCCCGGCUGUGCUGACAUGCUCCUAAAUCAUGAUAUCACAUCAGUUGAGGCGCUGCUUCCAAGUCCCAAAGCAGCAGCGUUGGGAUCUCGUGCUGCUAUCAAGGGGAAUGCAGGGAAUGCGCCUUGCACUGUUCUGAGGAAUCAGAGUCGAAAGAGCCUCGAUUCUGCCGUGGUGAAUAUGGCGUUUACUGGUGCUGACGGAAGAGAGAGCGUCCAGUCGCUGAUGGACUUGGGGAAAACACAAAUCAGCCAGCGAAAACAUGGACACCAGCAGCAGUCGCAGAGGGAGAAAGGCUCUCUGUUGGACCAAUCAGGUGCUGAGAUGGAUUUUGCUGUGGUUGGCACAAGAGCAGCACUAUCACCCAGCACGGACUUUCCGAGUGCGCCGCAAGGAGAGCCACAAACGGCGGCGGCUGCAUCGUCCCAACCUGUUCCGCCAUAUCCCCAACCUGUUCCGCCAUAUCCCCAACCUGUUCCACCUUAUCCCGGACCUGUUCCGCCUUAUCCUGGACCUGUUCCGCCUUAUCCCGGAUCUGUUCCGCCAUAUCCCCAACCUGUUCCGCCAUAUCCCCAACAUGCUCCGCCUUAUCCCGGGCCUGUUCCGCCUUAUCCCCAAUCUGUUCCGCCAGUCGCCGUGAUGGGCACUCCCGUGGCGUCACCGUUGCCUGCUCGUUGCGCCAAACCCGAGAAUAGCCGCGUGGUCAUCUCACAGGGAGAGGGCGGGGCGCUCGAGGUGCGCAUCCCCGCAGCAGGGUUCUACCCGGACGGCCCCGCGGGGUGGAUCCUCUGCGUCCUCACCCCCUUUCUCGUUGCAGUUGCAGUGGCGGUCGCCAUGUUCCUGCCCUUCACCAUCUGCAUCCUCUGCGGCUUCACCGUCUGCUCCUUUGCAUGGAUCAAUGGCGCAACUCGCUCGGAGACCAUUGUGCUGUCACCCGAGCUCUUCACCAUCUCCACUUCAAGCUCCGGCUCGACCAAGCGGAAGCAGGGCAGCACGCCAAGGGUGCGCGCCAUCGUCGUGCAGAACCCAAACUCCCCACAGCCGCUACCACCUCCGCCAGUGCAUAGCAUCGCUGCCCAAGGUCCCAUCCCUCCUCCUCCUGCCCCUGUCACGCGCUCAGCAGCUAAGCCGGCAGAGCUGGUGUGCAUGAUUGUUGGGAUGGAGCAGGAGGAGUACCGGUUUGGCAAGACCUUGACUGAUGCGGAGAAGCAUUGGGUGGUGGGCGAGCUGUCUCACCACUUGCAUACCAUGCACAUGCAACCAGAGCAACAAAAUGUUUAG